AUGUACAAACUAGAGAAGAGAAUCAAAUUGGAAGAAGGGGAUGAUAUUGAAAGAGCCGAUAAGAAGAUUGACGAGUUACAUCGGACUCUUCACACAUCAAUCUGCCACAUAAACUCUUUGCUGAACAUGUCAAAACUUGGACUGGCAGACCUUGCCGAAGCUCGCGAAGAAUUCAAAGUGAAUUUCGAAAAAGAAGGAACCGUUACAGCCCAAAUGAAAGAAGAUGUUGCGGAGAAAACUCAAAUAAGCAUUGAAGAAACUGAAGCUGAAAUAACCGCAAUCAGAAACGCACUCGAUGUUAUUCAGAACAUAAGAGCUCUUCAAGAAGAAAGAAAGCUUCUGAGCAACGAGCCAAGAAAUACUCGCCGAGGAGUCCUAAUGGCUCAACUUCAAGAAGCCGCUAAAUGCACUCCUCUUUGGAUCGGCGGACCAAACGAUCAAAAACCUCCUCUCUGCGGGGCACUUCCACCUGCGCCCAAGCACGAAAUCGUUGUUGGAUCUAAAGUUGCAGCAAAAGUCGACGGUGCCGGAGAAAACGAGCCGCCAAACUGGAUUUUGGCCAAGUUCGUGAGUUACGAUUCGAACAACAUGUGUACGGUUGAAGAUAUUGACGCAGUCGAUUUGUCCAAGGCAAAAAUCUCAUUGCACAAGAAAAAAGUUCUUCCAUUGCCUCAAUGGAGGGCGAAUCCUGCCGAAGAUGGCGACGCUCUUCACGCUGAGGGAAGUACAGUAAUGGCUCUCUAUCCGCAAACGACUUGUUUCUAUAAAGGCGUUGUUGCAUCAAUUCCAGAAGGCCCAAGCGACAACUACAUCGUUCUUUUUGAAGACGCAACUUAUCCAAAUGGGAUGAGUCCACCAAUGCAAGUCGCUCAAAAAUACAUCCUCCCAUUCAACGACAGUAAACCAACAGCAUCUUCUUCCACCACCAGCAGCUCCAAAAAAGGAAGCUCGAAAGCAGGAUCCAAGGCAGGGUCAAAGGCGAAAAGCAAGAAAGACAUUGCCAUGUCGAAGGGAAAACGAAAGCGCUAA